AUGGCAGGGCGUGAGGGUGAGCAGAAUCGUGACAACACCAAUGCAAAUGCGAGCGCCGCUGCGAUGGAGGCGAUCAAUAAUGCAGCACGUGCGUAUGCUGCCCUGGCACCCCCUCCACAAGCUGCAACAGCUCCACCUGGACCCUUCCCUUCAGUGGGUGGUGUAGAUGCUUCAUCUUUCUUUCUGAACCCAGCUGCCGCGGUUGCAGUCGUCGCAGCGGCUGCCGCCAAACAUUUAGCUCAAGGACAGAUACCCGUCCAGGCUCCCACAGGUAAUGCGGCUCCUGCCCUGGUGGCAGCUUUGGGACCUCCACCACACAGCGUAGGUGUGAAUACAGCCCAUCGACACACCCACGCCCAGGCAACCAGUAACCCAUCAACGGCAGCAGCAGCCGCUAUGGCGGCCACUCUGCUACCCCCUGGUGCUCAAGCCAUGAAUCCCCUAUCUGCUUUCCUACAGAGCGUUGGUCAGCAAGUGAAUCAUGCACAAGCCCAUCACCAUUUAGCAGCAGCUGUGGCAAAUCCAUCCCCACCACCACCUGCAGCUUCCUAUUCACCAACCCCACCACCAUCCUUUCCACAACAAAGGGCUGCAACUGAGACGGCUACACCAGCGACAGUGACGAAUGCAUCUGGCCAUCCGAAUGCGUUCUCGGCAGUCGCUCAGGUGGCAGCAGCUCAUGCUGCUACUUCCGUUUCCUCCAACGUGAAUCCUGUUCCCAACAGUGCUCUUCUCCCUAACAUUCAGAAUUGGUCCCUUGAACAGCUUGAAAACCACGUGAAUCUUCUUAGGCAGAUGCAGCAGCCGGUUCCACAAUCAGUUGCUUUGCUGUUGGCUGAUGCAAGGCGCAAGGAGGAGAAGAAAACAGCCAAGCGUGUUGCCAAUCGGAAGUCGGCAUGCACGUCACGCGCUCGCAAGAAGGCAUUGGUGGAAGAAAUGACAAGGACGAAUGCUCGCCUAAGAAGACAGGCAUUGAUCCUGUCGCUCCUGCCUGAUCUUGUCAUUGUUAUUUCACAAGAGGGUGAGAUAACCUUCUGCAGCGCACAAGUGGAAAGAGUCUUGCGACACCAGAUUGAUGAUCUUAUUGGGGCUGACAUUAGAGAUGUCCUGAUACCCGCCUCGAGGGCGGCACUUGGGAAGCUGGUCACUGAACUCACCAAUCCCGGUAAGCCGAAUGGCUCAUCAAACAAUGAAGCAAGGCGGAAUCGAAGGGGCGCUGCCAGGAAUGAAGACCAACAAGGGACAAGUAGGAAUAAGGCGCGCAGAGAUGAAGAGAAUGGGAACGUGUCAGGAGCAUCGUCAGGGUCCGGGGGAGGCUCUUCAGGCGCCGCCGCCGUUGUGUCGGAUCAAUCGUUCCCUUUGUCUGUUGUUAAGGUUGACAGCAAACAGGAGCCCCCGUCAGACGAAAAUGAAAAUUCUGAUACCUCAGGUGUGGGGGUGAAACGACGUGUGGCGUCGUCUCUGUCCAAUAGUACUACUGCAAGAUCGCCGUCGGCGUCUCUUGCUGCUCAUAGUGGCAGUGGAUCAGAAGAUGGUGCCAGAACAAACCCGGCAGCUGCACAAAAGGAGCUGGGGUCAAAAAAGGAAAGCAGCGACGACUCGAGCUCGGGUUCGACCGAAACCAAGACUGUCAGGAAGGCAAAUGAGAACUUGGAGCGCAACGUUCGAUGGCACAACAAGAAGCUUCAGAGCAUGUCAAAGUCAGCCAAGAGCAAAGCGGGUCACAAGGAUGAUGUCCUUGGCGAUUCGGUCACUCCUAACAACGCGCUGGCUAGACUGAGCUCCUUGCAACACCACCCAAUGGCAGGAAAGCCACGAAAGAAGAGAAAACAAUAUGACGAUGGCAUUGGAGAGGAUCGGUCCUCUUCCGACGACUCGCUUCUCGCUGGAAUCGAAGAGAAGAAGAAGAACGUGAGCAACAAUGAAAACGCCUCGGACGAUUCGGGCUAUCGAGAGUCAAACGAUUCACGCGAAGAAACUUCGUCUUCAGCAAGUGAAUCCUCAAAUUCGAAUGGACGAAACAAGCCAUUGGCGCCGACUUGUAACGUAUGCUUGAUAAGAGAUGAUUUGACGUCGUUAUGGUGUGAAGUGACGUCGUCGAUCAGAACUAGGACCGUCGAGGACGACACCCCGACGACAGAGGUUGAUGCAAGUAAUGACUCAAAGAAUGACAAAGGCAAUUCCGUAAAGGCACCGGAGGGCACAAAGUCGUCGAAGACAACCAGUGCCGAUGCUAUCCCUGAGGAUGCACCUGCACCGGUUGAAGAGAAGGCCCCUGAAACCGUGGAGCUUUUGCUCUGUUUGAGGCCAAUACGAGACGGCGGAAAGGUUGAUGACUCCCUACGGUUCAUUCCUCAAAAGAAGAUGAGAGCAACGGACUCGGGUGCUUCGAGUCCAAUGCCACUUUUCGGCGACCCCAGCACAUCCGUUGCGGUUGGCGUCGCCGAGAGAGCUGUUUCGUCUACUAGCAAUGGCGAUCUAUCGUCCGAGCCAGUCAGCGAAGUCUCUACCGGUGAAAACGGAAAGAGCGCUCAGCGAAAAAGACAAGGUCCUGGCGAGAAUGAAGCAGGAACAACUGAGCAGCAAGGAAACAGAGCAAAGCGUCCGAGAGUGAAGGAUGGACCUCCCUCUUCCAGCGAGACGGAAAAGAGUGUUGUGGAAUCAUUGAUGCUGAUGUCCCACAACCGAUAG